GCGGCGCGGAGGCCCCGCGCGGCCAUCUUUGUGCGGGGCGCGGCUGGGGGUGCCGCAGCCGCGGCCGGUGGGCGUCCGGCCGGUGAGGGGAGAAAGAGGGAGGGGUGGCGCCGCGGGUUGGCUGCGCCCGUUCUCCGCCGGGGCUUCCGGGCGGGAGGGAAGCGGUCCCCGUGCUGUCCUCCUGGGCUGGGCUCCGUUCUGCCCUCAGCGUGAGCCGCAGGGCUCGGCGCGGCCCGGCUGAGCUGCGGGCUCCGAGCACGGCCGCGUCCUGCAGGUAGGAGGAGGUUCCCAGGGGCCCUGGUUUCUCUGCGAAUUGCUGGCACUGCCGUGAGGCUGUCUGCGCGGAUCGAUCGUCGCGGCCAAGGGAUGGAUCAGGGGGAAGAAGCCUGGUGUGACGUCCAGGGGAAAAUCGCCGUGGGCUUCUCCUUCCUGACUGCAGGCCUGGGCUAAGGAAGUCUCCUUAGAUGCGUAAAGGACACCUGAUGGGUUACAAGCUUCCUGGUCUUGGAAAUUCCAGCUGCAGGAUCUCAGAAAAUACAGCUUCUGAAAUGUCAUCACUCAGCAGCAACUGCCCCCACUUGGAGUCAGUGGGUGAGAUAACAAAAGAGGAAUUGAUACAGAAAUCUCAUGGCACUUGUCAGGACUGUAAAGUUAGAGGACCCAACCUUUGGGCAUGCUUAGAGAACAGAUGUACUUAUGUUGGCUGCGGUGAAUCCCAUGUGGAUCACAGUACCAUCCAUUCCCAGGAGACGAAACACUGUCUAACUGUCAACCUUACUACACUCCGUGUUUGGUGUUAUGCUUGUAGUAAGGAAGUAUUUCUGGAUAGAAAAUUAGGAUCUCAUUCUCCGCUACCAAAUGCAAGACUGUCUCAACAAACACAAGAAAAUAGCGUACAGGAUUUUAAAAUACCCAGUAUUCCCACACUGAAGACUCCGUUAGCGGCUGUAUUUGAUGAUCUAGAUAUAGAAGUGGAAGAAGAUGAGUUAAAGACUAGAGGUCUAACGGGAUUAAAAAAUAUUGGUAACACUUGUUACAUGAAUGCAGCUUUACAAGCUCUUUCCAACUGCCCACCUUUGACACACUUUUUUCUUGACUGUGGGGGCUUAGUCCGAACAGAUAAGAAACCAGCAAUUUGUAAAAGUUACCUCAAGCUUAUGACAGAACUCUGGCACAAAAGCAGGCCAGGUUCUGUUGUUCCAACUGGUUUAUUUCAAGGAAUUAAAAGUGUUAAUCCAACUUUUCGAGGCUACUCUCAACAGGAUGCACAAGAAUUUUUGCGUUGUCUCAUGGAUUUGCUUCAUGAAGAACUUAAAGAACCAGUUGUAGAAUUGGAAGAUGCACAGCCUAUGAGCGUUGAAGAGAAUAUGGAAGUAGACAAGAGCCAGUCGGAUGUAGCCUUUCAGUCUUGCGAAUCCUGUGGUACCUGUGAUAAAACAGAAAAUGAGGCUAUUUUCAAACCUGUCCUAGAGGAUCCUGCAGAGACAACUAUGUUAAUACAGGACGAUGAGAACAACUCAAUCACAUCCAAAGACUGGCAGAAAGAAAAAAUACCAAGCAACAAGCUUAACCGAGCAAGUUCUAUGGAAGACUUGGAAAAAGACAUAAACACUGCUUCAGAGACAACUGAAUUUUUAAACAAUCAAGGAACUGUCAAAGUACAGAUACACAGCAGAUUCUCAGAGUACAUCAGUGAUGUCCACAUGAAUGAUGUAUCUGGAGUCCAAACCCCGUCAUCAAAUGAAGGGAUGAACACACGCUUAUCAAACAGUCCUCCAAAAUUAUGCUCAUCGUGUGCUUCGUUGACACCAGUCCACAAAAAAGUUUCAACUGUGUCAUCACCAAAAAGGAAGAAGCGCAAGAAGUACAGGAGUGUUAUCUCUGAUAUAUUUGAUGGGACUAUAAUAAGCUCAGUACAGUGCUUGACUUGUGAUCGGUUGUCUGUAACCCUGGAGACUUUUCAGGAUCUGUCCUUACCAAUUCCAGGUAAGGAAGAUCUUGCAAAACUCCAUUCUGCAAGUCAUCAGACAUCUCUAGUCAAGGCAGGGUCAUGUGGAGAAGCAUAUGCCCCCCAGGGAUGGAUAGCUUUUUUUAUGGAAUAUUUCAAAAGAUGUUUCAGGUUUGUUGUCUCAUGUGUUCCUAGCUGGUUUUGGGGUCCAGUUGUAACCUUACAAGAUUGUCUUGCUGCCUUUUUCGCCAGAGAUGAGCUCAAGGGUGAUAACAUGUACAGCUGUGGCAGGUGUAAAAAGUUAAGAAAUGGAGUGAAAUUCUGCAAAGUGCAAAAAUUUCCUGAGAUACUGUGCAUUCAUCUCAAAAGAUUUAGACACGAACUUAUGUUUUCCACAAAAAUUGGGACCCAUGUGUCCUUUCCAUUGGAAGGCCUUGAUCUUCAGCCUUUCCUUGCAAAGGACAGUCCAGCUCAAAUAGUGACUUAUGAUCUCCUAUCUGUCAUCUGCCAUCAUGGAACUGCCAGCAGUGGACAUUAUAUAGCUUAUUGUCGAAACAAUUUAAAUAAUUUGUGGUAUGAAUUUGAUGACCAGAGUGUCACAGAAGUAUCAGAAUCCACAGUACAAAAUGCAGAAGCCUACGUUCUGUUCUACAGAAAGAGUAGUGAAGAAGCUCAGAGGGAGAGACGGAGAAUAUCAGGCCUACUGAAUAUGAUGGAACCAAGUCUUCUCCAAUUCUAUGUUUCAAGACAGUGGUUAAAUAAAUUCAAGACUUUUGCGGAGCCAGGACCAAUUUCAAAUAAUGACUUCCUUUGUAUGCAUGGAGGUGUUCCUCCACACAAAGCUAACUUCAUAGAGGACCUAGUUGUCAUGCUACCUCAAAAUAUAUGGGAUAAUCUGUAUAGCAGGUAUGGAGGAGGACCAGCUGUUAACCAUCUAUAUGUAUGUCAUACCUGCCAGAUAGAGUCUGAAAGACUUGAAAAAAGAAGGAAAAAUGAAUUGGAGAUGUUUAUACGGCUUUAUAGAGCAUUCCAAGAAGAAGAAUCUCCAUCAACUUUUUACUGCAUCAGUAUGCAAUGGUUCAGAGAAUGGGAAGGAUUUGUAAAAGGGAAAGACAGUGAUCCCCCUGGUCCUAUUGAUAAUGCUAAGAUUGCAAUAACAAAAUGUGGAAAUGCUGUGCUAAAACAAGGUGCAGAUUCUGGACAGAUAUCUGAAGAAACGUGGAAUUUUCUUCAGUCAAUCUAUGGUGGAGGUCCAGAAAUUAUUCUCAGACCACCUGUUCCUCCGGUAGAACCUGAUAUCUUGCAGACAGAGGAGAAGAUUGAAUUAGAAACUCAUGGUCUGUAGCUACUGAGGAAAAGAUGAAUUCAUAAGGAAUCCAACUUCCUUACAAAAUGCCCCAUAUACAUUCCUAAAAGUUUUAUUCUCUUAUGUCUGUUGGAGGCACAGCUCACUGGGCAUUACAUUAACUACAGAAUAGUAAGUUGAAAUGUAUUACAAUUUGUUUAAAUGAAGACUGUUUCUCUGUUUUGGAAGGCAUGUAGUUUGUACAUAUUGGACUGUUUGGUAAAUGGAAAACACUGUUAUUUCUGGACUCUUAAGUUGAAGUCAAAAUCAUGUUAUGUCUUUAGACUUGAAAAAUGGGAACAAAAUUUUAGAGAUGUUACAUAACCCUACUGAUUCCUGAAUGGGCUUCUGAUACCUACAAACUUCUGCCUGUCUUAAUUGUACAGUCUUGACAAGCCUAAGUAUAAAGGGAGUAUAUUUUAAAUGGAUUGCAAUCAAUGAUAAAGGAUUUUAAUUUCCUAAAUGCUCAGGAAAAAAAUUCUCACUUAUUUUGCACUGUAAGUAUAUCAAAUGAGUAGUAUAUAACAUCCAAAUACUUACCGUAUUUGAAUGGAUCAAACAUUAGCAUAGAUCAAAUAUUGUUUUAGUCAGCAAAUGUCAUAACUUAUUACCUGCUUAAUUUUGCAUCGUUAGGCUUCUGUAACUCUAUAAACCUGGCUAGAAUUAAUAGUGUCUGUGACAAAAAGAUUUAGUCUUCUCUAGGGUAAUGUUUGAGAGCAUGAAGUGUGAAAUGUAAAAUGAUUAUGGACAUGAGUGAUAUAAAUUUCAGAAAUUAAAUUGUCUGGUCUCUUGAAUUACAUUCACAGUUGCUUUUGAAGGAUUUUAUUGUAUUGGUAAUUUUUCAUUGGCAUGAUGACCUAUAAUGUCAAAAGCUGGAUAAAAUGUAUAUAUUGCAAAACUUUACUAAAUGAGUCAGAUUGGAAUGCAGAAUGGCACUUGCUCUUUUUUGCCUGAUAUUGUUACCAAAUAAGCAGCAUUAUUCAAGGCUGGAUCAAUAAAAAAAAAAAAAAGGAAG